AUGUCUUUGGGCAACAAGGCUCGAGAGUUGGUCGCGGAGGAUGUGCUUAGAAUGCUGAAAAUCGAAGACGUGUUCGGCGUGACAAUUGCCAAGGACGGGCAGCUUCUCGUCUUACCCUGGCCACGCCUUUCAACUGAGUUUAAGUUUUGUAUAGAUGCCAAUCCUGGAUGGCAUACAAUCGACGCGAUUGAUCAGAUAAAUGGGAUACUCCGCGCCCAUUGUCGCUCUGGUAAACUACUUCGAAGACGUGCUUUGAAGCAAGGCUUGAACAACUUCUCAACGAUCUACGACGAGCCUGAGGCGCGUUUGACAUAA